CACAAGCCAAAGACUAAGUAACUAAGUUCAAAGUUGGCAUAUCUUUUACAAACCAAGCUUCUGUUUUCUUUUACUUCUCAAACACUCACAAAAACUUUUCAAAUCUCUCCAAAAACCCACCCCAAUACUUUUUCUUCUCUCAAAUGGCCCCAGAGAUUUCCGUAAACCCGAUCUAUGUAUCCGAGAAGGCGCAUCAAGCACCUUCAAGGAGAGCCUAUGUAACGUUUUUGGCAGGUAACGGAGACUACGUGAAGGGAGUGGUGGGACUAGCAAAGGGUUUGCGUAAGGUGAAAAGUGCUUACCCUCUUGUUGUUGCCAUGUUACCUGAUGUGCCUGAGGAACAUAGAGACAUCUUGAGGUCUCAAGGCUGUGUAUUGCGCGAGAUCGAGCCUGUUUAUCCUCCAGACAACCAAGUUGAGUUCGCUAUGGCUUAUUACGUUCUCAACUACUCAAAGCUACGUAUCUGGAACUUUGAGGAGUACAGCAAGAUGAUAUACCUGGAUGCAGAUAUUCAAGUCUUUGAAAAUAUCGAUAACCUUUUCGAUAUGCCUGAUGGGUAUUUUUAUGCGGUGAUGGAUUGUUUCUGUGAGAAAACGUGGAGCCACUCGCCGCAGUAUUCGAUUGGGUAUUGUCAACAGUGCCCAGAGAAAGUCACGUGGCCGGAAAAUAUGGAGUCUCCUCCUCCUCUGUAUUUCAACGCCGGUAUGUUUGUGUUCGAGCCAAGCCCUUUGACUUAUGAGAGCCUACUUCAGACUCUGGAGAUCACACCGCCUUCACCGUUUGCAGAACAAGAUUUUCUCAAUAUGUUCUUUGAGAAAGUGUACAAACCGAUCCCUCUGGUUAACAAUCUGGUUUUGGCUAUGCUUUGGCGUCACCCUGAGAACGUGGAGCUGGAGAGAGUCAAGGUUGUUCACUACUGUGCAGCUGGAUCCAAGCCAUGGAGGUACACAGGAGAAGAAGCUAACAUGGACAGAGAAGACAUCAAGAUGUUAGUUGAUAAAUGGUGGGAUGUAUAUAACGAUGAAUCCCUAGAUUUCAAACCGAAAAGCCCUGAAGAUGUGGAAGAAACCGUUACCAAAUCGACCAUCCUAGCUUCAGUACCUGAACCGGAAUUCACCUACUUUCCUGCUCCUUCUGCUGCUUGAAAAGUCUAGUUGCACAAGACUUGGAGUGUUUCUAUAUCUAUUUUCUUGUGAUAAUUAUAGUUUGAAAUAGCAUAAACAGAAAUAGAAACCUUGGUGAGUUGGAAUCACAGCUCUUAGCUGCCCCUUUCUCGACCCGAGAGUUUUUCAAUUAGUAUAUGAUAAAGUGUGUAAGGUGUUAAAACUACUAAAGAAACGAUGUAUUUGUAUUGCUAUAUUUAUGUACGAACCACAACAUAUAUCAAUGUGAAAGCGUUACAGAAA